AUGAAUUUGGAACUAUUAGAAUCUUUUGGGCAAAAUUAUCCAGAAGAAUUUGAUGGAGCAUUGGAUUCAAUAUCGCUGGCUGCAACAUGUGCAUUCAACCGCCGAGGCACUCUAUUGGCAGUUGGUUGCAAUGAUGGCAGGAUCUUUAUAUGGGACUUCCUGACAAGAGGCAUUGCUAAGUCAAUAUCAGCACAUGUUUAUCCCGUCUGCAGUUUAAGCUGGUCACGGAAUUGUAAGAAAUUAUUAUCAGCAUCCACUGAUCACAAUGUAUGUAUAUGGGAUGUUUUGUCUGGAGAAUGCGAGCAAAGAUAUAGGUUUCCGACUCCAAUAGUUAGAGUACAAUUUGAUCCAAGAAAUGAUCGGAGAUUUCUUGUCUGCCCAAUGAGGCAUGCCGCAUUGCUUGUUGACACUGAAGGUGAACAUAAAAUUCUGCCAAUUGACGAUGAUGGUGAUAUAAACGUGAUCGCGUCAUUUGACCGCAGGGGUGACUAUGUAUACACGGGGAAUGCUAAAGGAAAGAUUUUAAUUCUGGACUCUCAGUCGCUAGCCAUCAAAGCAAGUUUCAAAAUCACAGUUGGCACUUCAAGUACUACAGGCAUCAAGAGUAUUGAGUUUGCAAGGAGAGGAGAUUGCUUCCUAGUGAAUACAUCGGACAGAGUCAUAAGGGUUUAUGACACAAACACUGUAGUGAAAUGUGGCAUAAAUGGGGAGCCUGAGCCAAUACAGAAGUUGCAAGACCUUGUUAAUAAAACGACCUGGAAGAAGUGCUGCUUCUCGGGGGAUGGGGAGUACAUCUGCGCCGGUUCGGCGCGCCAGCACGCGCUCUACAUAUGGGAGAAGUCCAUUGGGAACCUGGUGAAGAUCCUGCACGGCACCAAGGGCGAGCUGCUCCUGGACGUGGUGUGGCAUCCGGUUCGGCCCAUCAUCGCCAGCAUCAGCGCCGGCGUCGUCUCGAUCUGGGCGCAGAACCAGGUGGAGAACUGGUCCGCGUUCGCGCCCGACUUCAAGGAGCUGGACGAGAACGUGGAAUACGAGGAGCGGGAGAGCGAGUUCGACGUGGAGGACGAGGACCGCUCCGUGGACCAGGCCGGGGAGAGCCGCGACGACGAGGAGGUGGAGGUGGACGUGACCACCUGCGAACCUAUCGAGGAUCCUGAGGACGGUUGGGCGGCGACACAAGAGACGGUCACCCCAACGGAGACUCCUGAGAAGUCUGAGCCAGCGGCUAAAAGGCCUAAGAGCAAAACCUACGACAUUUCCCUGAAGAUAGCCCCACCAGAACAACCAAUAUCCUUCGGUGGAAAAAACAAGCAGACAGCUGGUAAUAAAAAGGUCGCCGGUCGACCAAGGAAA